CAUAGUUUCUACUGUGUGAGCUUGUCUGCUCCUCCUGUUCAGGUCUCUCAUCUCCUCCAGCAUGAUGCGACUGUGGCUCCCCAGAGGCCCCUGUGUGGCAGCUGUGGUCCUGACACUGAUGGUGCUGAGUCCUCCCGUGGCUUUGGUCAGGGACCCCCGACCUCGGUUCUUGGAACAAGCUAAAUGCGAGUGUCAUUUCUACAACGGGACGCAGCGUGUGCGGUUUCUGGAGAGACACUUCUACAACCGGGAGGAGAUCCUGCGCUUCGACAGCGACGUGGGCGAGUACCGCCCGGUGACCGAGCUGGGGCGGCCGGUCGCCGAGUCCUGGAACAGCCGGAAGGAUCUCCUGGAGGACAGGCGGGCCCAGGUGGACACUUUCUGCAGACACAACUACGGGGUCGGGGAGAGCUUCACUGUGCAGCGGAGAGUUGAGCCUCAGGUGACUGUGUACCCAACAAAGACGCGGCCCCUGGACCACCACAACCUCCUGGUCUGCUCUGUGAGCGGCUUCUACCCCGGAAACAUUGAAGUCAGAUGGUUCCGGAACAACCAGGAGGAGAAGGUUGGGGUUGUGUCCACAGGCCUGAUCCGGAAUGGAGACUGGACCUUCCAGACCCUGGUGAUGCUGGAGAUGGUUCCUCAGAGUGGAGAGGUUUACACCUGCCAGGUGGAGCAUCCCAGUCUGACCAGCCCUGCCACAGUGGAGUGGAGGGCACAGUCCACAUCUGCACAGAACAAGAUGCUGAGUGGAGUCGGGGGCUUUGUACUGGGUCUGCUCUUCCUCGGGCUGGGGCUAUUCAUCUACUUCAGGAAUCAGAAAGGACAGUCUGGACUUCAGCCGACAGGACUCCUGAGCUGAGGAGAGGUGCCAAGGCUGGAGGAAGGUGCUCCCCUGUCUCCAUGGCAAGAAAACGUGUCCUGUCUGGUUCACAUUCCUCCAUUGACAGUGCUACCCAGGACCCGGCUCCUCCUGACCCUGGACCCUGCGGACCUGUGCUCCCUGAUGGCUUGCUCAGCCCCUGCCUGGGCCUGCUGCCCCAGGACAGAAGUCCUCUCACCUCCUUUGUCCCACUCUCUUUUGUCCCCCACCCUUUGUCUGGAGCUUCUCAGCCAGCUGCUGUCAUGAUGCUUUCUCACAUUUUUCUCAAAUAAACAAAGAGUGAAAAUCA